AUCUCCUCCUCCACCUCCCAGGAGAGGAACGAGAUGGCGGCCGGGAGAGAGUACACGUCGGGCCGCUUGGAGCAGCUCAUGAGCGGCGGCAGAGAUUGGAGGACGCCGGGUUUAGUCCAGGUCAUCCUCGGCGUGGUGGGGCCGUCGCAGGAGGUGGCCGGGGAGGAACCGUCGCCGCCGGACCGGAUCGUGCUGGUGAACCCCGUGACCCAGGGUAUGGUGGUGCUGCAGGGGGACCCCGAUUUGAUGGCGGAGAUUUUGUCCGAGAGGAGCGUGGGAGAUGGCGGUCACGGCGCUGGCGGCCCGCCGCCGGCGUCCAAGGCGUCGAUCGAGGCGAUGAGGACGGUAGAUGUGGGGGAGGGGGAAGGGGUGCGGCAGGAAGAAUGCCCGGUGUGCUUGGACGGACUAGGGGAAGGAGAGAAGGAAGAGUCGGCGGCGGUGGUGAGGGAGAUGCCGUGCGGGCAUCGGUUCCACGAGGGUUGCAUCGUGAAGUGGCUGGGGAUGCACGGGUCGUGCCCGGUGUGCCGCUUCCGGAUGCCGCCGGAGGAGGGCGUAGAUCCAAAGAAAGGCGACGGCGAGGGGGACGGGGCCGAAAACGAGGAGCAGAGGAGGAGGAGGAUAAGAGGGAUGUGGCUUACCAUCGUCUACAGACGAGGCAGAGGUGAAAUAAGCGAUCAAGCGUUGCAAUCGCCGGGAGAAGAAGACGGUGGAGGAGGAUAUAGUGGCGGCGAUGCUGCCGCUGUUUCUGCCGAAACCGACGGUGGCAUCGAACGAGUGGAUCAAUAAAACUGAUCUCUGUUUUUUUCUCAUUUCUCUUUUUUGUUUUUUUUUACUAUUGUCUGUUUUUAAAUAAAAAUGAUGAAAUAAAGACGACUAAAAAUAUUUGUAUAAUGAUUGGUGGGGCCAAUGAAGAUGCUUCCAAUCAGAGUCUGACACGUUUCACAUCAUGUUCUUUCAGGCCUAGUCAAAGUCAGAUCCGACCCAACCCAACACGGCUUAUUUAGUGUGUGUAGCCGAAUCCGACCCAAUACGUGGGAACGGAUCCAAACAAACCGGUUGGGACGAUUGACCAAAUCAAAAUCAGCUUCUAAAUCAGAAGUACGACCGAGUCAUAUCGUAGCACGCAUCUCAAAGGCGCCCAUCGGCCCCGCACCCGCGGGACUCGGUUGGCGUGUGGCUCGAUAAAGACGGCGGAUGGCUCGGUUCAUCCUCCGAUAAAAAGGAGGAGAGGAGGAAGGGGAAGAAGACGACGACCAUGGCAAGGCUUCCUCUCCUGGCGCUUGUGCUCGUAUCAGCCCUCCUCUUCCUGUCUUCCCCUCAAGGUGACGGAGCUCGCUGCUCUCGUUCGGCUUCCUCCUCUCCUUCUUCCUUGUCUGCAUCACAUGCUCUUCAUUCCCUUCGUGUUUUGGCUGUGCAGGAUAUGGGAGAAGGAUUCACGUCAUGAAGCAUUAUGAAGCGUGGAACUCUCCGGUGCCAUCGCAUAAGGAAGAUUCAAGGAUGGGAAGAGAGACGACGGAGAUGGAGAUGGACUACCCGGAGCCGGGAGCCAAUACAAACCCCCGGGCCGGAGCAAUCUUCGGCUCCCCACCACCAUCACCUCCCGUCCACUAGCCGCCAUCAACCAACGCAACAAGAACAGAGAGCAGCAGCUGCAGCAGCAGCAGAGAAGGAUGAAUAAAGGUUCAUUGUCUGUCUCCUAUAGAUUAGCGGGUCUCUCGUCUUCUCCUCUCCCAUGAAUAAUGGCUUCUUUCCUUUCUCCUCCACAUGUGUGAGUACAUGGAGAGCCACCUACUUUUAGGAAGAGUGGAUGUCUUAGGUUUUGUUAAUGGAGCUGCUGGUGAGGGCUCAUCAUCAGGCAGCAUGCAGCAGGUGGGCAAAACCAUUGCCAUGUCCAACUUGUGUGUAUACUACAACGCUAUUGCACUCAAAGAAAGCAUGUGAUCUACUCGAUGUUUCUAUAAAGCAGCUACUAAUGCAUGGA